UUUGUAGUAUCCAAUUAUAAUGGUUCAACUGCAAGUUUAAAAUCAUAGACAAAGAUCAUUUCCGUCUAUGCACCAUAUAUAUAACGUCGGUACUAGAGAUUACACUAUGCACAUGUUAAUGAAUAUUCAGUUAUUUUUUCAACUUUUGUAUGAACACUAGUCCAAGCCGGAGUAGGUGGAAAGAUGGGUGGUGAAGCCACUAAACUACUAUUAUAAGUCAUACUUCACCGGAAACAACUCUAACCCUUUCUCUUUAAUCCCAGCGAUAAACGUGGAGCAUUGAUUGAUCUAUCACCAAAAAGAAUAAUAAAAAAUAAAUUGAUUAAUAUUUUUUUAUGAUAUAAGAACAAAACAUAUUGAGUUUGGAUGGUUCCAAAUAUUCAGCUAAGCUUCGGUCUGAUACCUCCAAGGCUCCAACUGACUAACAAAUUACAUGCAACACGAACACGUUCCUUAAAUAGUUUUGUAUUCUGUAACUUUAAGAAUCCUUGAUCUGAAUCCAAUUAGGUAAGAAAAACAUUAAUGGAAACAAUAGAAACAUCAAGAUCGAGCCACGAGCUCCCAGUAACAACCACCGAUUCAAGCGGACCAGCGGCAAAGAAACUGACUUUGGUCCCUUUGAUUUUCCUUAUUUACUUCGAAGUCGCGGGUGGGCCGUUUGGUGAAGAACCGGCGGUUCAAGCGGCUGGACCGCUUCUAGCGAUUCUCGGUUUCCUCAUUUUCCCUUUCAUAUGGAGUGUCCCUGAAGCCCUGAUCACCGCAGAACUCUCCACCGCAUUUCCAGGCAACGGAGGGUUUGUGAUAUGGGCGCAUCGAGCUUUUGGCGCAUUCGUAGGAUCGAUGAUGGGUUCGUUGAAGUACCUGAGUGGUGUAAUCAAUGUUGCUUCCUUUCCUGUCCUUUGUGUCACAUACUUGGAGAAGCUAUUCCCUGUUCUUGAAUCAGGAUGGCCACGAAACGUCUGUAUAUUCGCAUCAACGGUGGUCUUAUCUUUCCUAAACUACACUGGCCUAGCCAUUGUCGGUUACGCAGCGGUUGUUCUCGGCUUGGUGUCUCUCUCGCCUUUCCUCAUCAUGUCGGCAAUGGCAAUCCCUAAGAUCAAACCUCACCGUUGGGGUAGCUUGGGAGACAAGCAAAAGGAUUGGAAUCUCUACUUCAACACACUCUUCUGGAACUUGAACUUCUGGGACAAUGUCAGCACUCUUGCAGGGGAAGUUGAUAACCCUCAGAAGACGUUCCCCUUGGCGCUUCUUGUUGCGGUGAUCUUCACUUGUGUAGCUUACUUGAUCCCUCUUUUGGCUGUCACUGGUGCUGUCUCGGUGGACCAGAGCAGAUGGGAAACAGGGUUUCACGCAGAAGCAGCUGAGAUGAUAGCAGGAACAUGGCUGAAGAUCUGGAUUGAGAUUGGCGCUGUCUUAUCAAGUAUAGGACUCUUUGAAGCUCAGUUAAGCAGUAGUGCUUAUCAGCUGGAGGGUAUGGCGGAGCUAGGGUUCUUGCCUAAGUUCUUUGGGGUAAGAUCUAAAUGGUUCAACACUCCUUGGGUUGGGAUUCUACUCUCAGUUCUCAUGUCCCUCGGAUUGUCCUACAUGGACUUCACUGACAUCAUCUCCUCGGCUAACUUCUUGUACACGUUAGGGAUGUACCUUGAGUUUGCGUCUUUCCUUUGGUUAAGAAAGAAGCUACCUGAGCUAAAGAGACCUUACCGUGUCCCGCUGAAUAUACCAGGGCUGGUGAUUAUGUGCUUGGUACCUUCAGCAUUUCUGAUGUUGAUCAUUGUGUUUGCUACUAAGAUUGUGUACCUCAUUUGCGGUUUAAUGACCGUAGGAUCAGUUGGUUGGUACUUCUUGAUCAAUUACUUCAGGGAGAAGAAGAUCUUUGAAUUCAACCAAGAUGUUGAUCAUCUUGAUUAUGUUAAUGAAGAACAACGUCCAAAACAUGAAGAAGAUCAUGACUCAUGAUAAUUAAGAAAGAACUAAACAGAACAUAUUCUUGCUUUUUUUUGUUCAGAAAAGAAAGAACAUAGUCUUGUCAAACAAGACUCUGAGUGGACAAAGCUACUAACUAGGGUUUUAAGUUCUUGCUUCUGUAACACGUAAAUCUCUGAUAAAAGAGAAACUGUAUUGAUUAAUGAUAGUUAUACAACACAAUACAGAACAGAAUUUCAAGAAGACAUCAUUAUAAGUCUCCCUCUUAUUUCUUCUUUAUUAUCUUACACAAAAACAUGAUGUGAAACUAAUCGAACAUGAUAUCGUGUCAUAUAUCCAGCGUUAGAGAUAUCAUGUUUGGUUUUGUCUUCACAUUAUUUAUAUUUUUUUAAUUGAUCUCCAGUUUUUCC